GCCAAAUGUCAUUUCCCUCUUAUUAUUUUCCAAACCAAAACAAACCGUGUUUGAACCACGUUUUUCUCUUUACGCCGCGAAACACAAACAAUGGCUUCCGAAAAAGACUCCUUUGACAAAGACGCCAAAAAAUACAAUCCCGACCCCCUGGACGAAGGAAUGAUAGUGAAGCCCCACUGCGACUGCCCUUCCUGCGACCACUGGAUAAACAGCGCUGACUGGUGCCCCGAAAACCAGCUGAAAUUCGAAGGUACUAGGGCGAAGAGCCCCCACGAAAAAAUCCUGCAGCCGUUGCUGCGCUCGGAGAAACAUCCAGGGAAGAAACCCAAAAUAAACGUGUACAGUCCUGAGGAAGUGACAAAAUUUAAGAAACAAACUGCUUUUAGGACGCUGGUGCAUGGUGAGGUUAUCCCAAAACCUGUUGAAAAAGCUAGUGAGAGCUACUUUAGUAAAAAUAUUCAAAAUUCGUUGGAGACUCUCAAUUAUAGGUAUAGUGUGCCACUGCAGUCUUUCGCGUGGCCAGCGCUUUUCAGGCAGAUGAACGUCUUCAUGAUAGGGGGGCACCAAUCUGGAAAAACCCUAGCGUAUUUGCCUGCAGUGUGCUCAUUUUGUACUGCAGAUGACGAGAAAUAUAAAGAACUUGCCAAACAUAAGGGGCCUGUGGUCAUUAUCGUCUGUCCAAAUAGCAAGCAGUGUGAGGAAAUUUAUGAUCUAGUCAGGAAGUUGUGCAGCAACACAAGAACCAAAAUAAAAGUGUCUAUUGUUACAUAUCCCGUCACUAAUGUUCAUAGCACCGACAUUUUAAUAACAAUUCCUGAGUCUCUGACUCACUGUUUGAAAAGACGAAUUUUCAAUUUGAAAAGACUGUGCCAUCUGGUGUUGGAAGACGCUAGUGCUUUGUUAAAAAAUAGUGAAGACGUUAUUUAUCAGAUUCUACAAGUUACUGAUGAGAUGCUCGAACACAGACCUAACAGUGUUAAAGUUCAGUUAAUUGUUGCUUCAGACAAGUGGACAACGGAUUUAAAAAAACUGCUGAAGUCUCUUUAUGAAACUCCGUUGGUUUGUAUUGAAAAUAGUUUGGAGGCGGCGCUUUAUGGGAAUAUUCACCUUGAAGUUAAAUUUUUGCUGGAGAGUCAAAAAUUGGCAUAUUUGGAAGGAAUUUUAAAAAACGAGUAUAGCGUUUAUCGGACUAUUGUUAUCUGUGAUAAGGAGGAAAUCAUGGAAGUUAAUAAAUGGUUAGUCCGUAAAGGUAUUGAUACAAUAGCGCUGUCAGACGAUUCGUGCGUGGAAGAAAUACAAUACUGUGAAUCUGAGUGGUCUUUUAUGAAAGGUGGCCAGAAUAAGGUCCUUUUGUGCACUGACUUUAUCUUUGAUUCUUUGCUGUCCGUGAAUGACGCAAUGUGGCUCAUCCAUUAUUCGUUCCCCACAACUUGGACAAAGUUCACCAAGAGAUUUAACGCCCUUUCGACCCAUUAUAAAAGCCCCUUGGAACCAAAUAAGGACGCAAUUCGCUGCAAGAGUUUCGUCCUAAUUGACGAAACUUGCGAGAAACAAAUGCCGAAAAUUCUAAACCUUCUCGGGCGCCUAACCAAAGAUUUCCCGUCGAACUACCAAGCCUACGCAGACGGAUUUCGCACCAAAAGCGAGCUGGAGAAAAUCGACCUCGGCGUCGAUCUCUGUGGGAGUUUGAAGCUGUUCGGUAGGUGCGCAAACACGCUAUGUCAGAAGCGCCAUCUAGUGAAGGAGGGAGUCGACACGACCGACGAUCUCCCCAAAAGCGGGAAAGUUCGAUUUAAGAUACUCAACAUGAAAGACGUUACGCAGUGCACGGUCCAAUUGGUCGAGCACGUGGAUCUUGAGGGGCGAACUACGAAGAUAAACGACGACGAUUUGAAAAAGCCGAUCGUCUAUACCGAAAAUGAGGAGAAAAGGCGGCCGGAAAAGAUCGAAGUGGGGAGGUUUUAUGCUCACUGCGACUACACCACAGAGGGGGAGGUGUACACUUUGUGUCACGUUGUCAGUACUGACAGGGAGAAAGUGGAAGUGAAGCUACAAACCGAACUGACGUUGCAGACAUUCAAGAAUAAGUUGUUUGAACUACCGGAAAGUAUUAAAAUCGUUGACGUAUAUUUCUGCAACUUAAUUCCGCCAUUUCACGACGAACACUUCUCUGGUAGAUCUUUCUACGUCGCUCACACCUCUCUGGCAAAUCACAACUACAAGAAACUACUCCUAACUGGAACAAUUUGUCUACAGUUAGACAGAACCUUAUGGUUGGACGACGUCGGGCAAAUCUUUAACGUUGGCGGCACUGACGUGGUCAAAUUUAAUUUAACCAGACACUUAAUUAACCUUCUGGUGGUAGAACCCUGCAAAGCUCAAGUCACGUCUUUGCAUAAGUUGUGCACACGGUGUGAUCUAGUGUUGCCAACUUACGUCAGGCAGGUCGCUAAAAAACCGGUCAAAACGAAAGACACUGAACCUCAGAGGGCCUUCCUGGACGGUAACGUCCACGAGGUGUUUCUGAGCUCGAUUGUUUCACCUGAUGAGUUUUACGUGCGUUUGGCGAAAUUUCACCCUCUGCUUGUAAAUCUAGAGAAGGAUAUUCAAAGGUCUGUUGAAACGGAAUUCCCGGACAAGACUCUUAAGGUCGAAAUUGGCAAGUAUUAUCUAGCUCCGGACCCUCGAGGAAAAGCCUACUCAAGAGUGAAGGUUUUGAAUGCCGAAAACGACAAAGUUUUGGUGUUUUAUGUCGACUACGGUGAUGAGGCAAUCGUCGAUGUUUCGUCUAUUAAAAUUUUACCGACUGGGUUUUUGACGAAAUUGCCUUUCCAAGCUAUCCAGUGUCGUUUGUAUGGGUUGAGUCCGUCGUUCGGGGAGUGGGACGAAGAAACGACUGAUGUCCUCUACAAGUACAUGCUAGAACCAGAAUCUGACGUUUUUCGUUCGUUGUAUGUAAGCGACGAAAGCAAAGAUGACUCAGAUAUGAUUAGAACAAAAGUCAAAUAUUCCGUGUUGUUGAAAGACGGAUACAGCGACAAAAACGUUUUGAUUAACCAACUAUUGUUAGAUUGUGGUUACGCGAUUUCAAUUUUUGACAAAAUUUACGAUUUCGAGAUACCAAAACCCCAGGAAGUGGAGGAUUCGGAGUCGGACGACGAACUUCAAGUGGACGACGUCCAAGAGGACGUGGAUGAGUUACUCGACGACGAUUUCGACCUAGAAGUUCAAGACCCUGAAGAGUUCUUUAAGAUGCUCGGUUUCACGGACUUCCAAAAAUUAACGUCGCCUCCGUCGCACCAAGCCGUUGAGUACAACACCAACCAGGCACCAAUCGAAUCGCUCGACGCAUGCGCAAGUCCGACCACUGAGCAGCCGCCUUACUUAACUCCAGAGGUCUAUUGGUCGCAAACUGACACCACUGUCAAGCUCAAAAUCAAGCUUAUCGGCGUCGAGGACUACAAAGUGAACUUAACUCGAAAGAAAAUAUUGACUUUCAGUACUACGCUGGAUGACAAGAAGUAUGGCUUGAAACUUAUCCUGCACAAACCGGUGGGGAUGGAGCGGCAUUGGGCGUCGGGGCAAGAGGUGAGGGUGCUCUUGAGUAAAGCGGAGGCGGUGGAUUGGGUCCAGUUGACGGGGACUUCGAAGAGGUUGAGGUACAUUCAUUACGAGAUUCCGGAUGCACAGUUGAAAGAAGUGAAGAGGAAAUUUCUUCAGCUGGAUAUAACGGACGAGGAGAGCGAUGGUGAAGAUGACGGGCUGAUGUACCACGAAUUUUCAGACCUGGAUAGCGAUUUCGACCAGGAGCUGGAGGAUUCUUCCGAUUUAGAUUAAGUUUUAUGUAAUUUUUAGUAUGUUACUUUUACAUAUUUUUAAUAAACGUUGAAAUGCUUAUUUA